UGCUCUUCUUCUUCUCCGAGUAAGCUUCCUUUUUCAUCUUUUUGCUUACUAAUAAUCUUCAUAUAGACAAACACAACGACUAUUGUACACUUCUGCAGUAGAAAAAAGAAUUUUUUUUGCCCAUAUAGUGUAGAAUGACCGGUAUUUAGUGAAUACUGUUACUAGUUUUUUGUUGUUGUUGUAAACUUGUUCUUAUGGAGUUAAUAGUACCAACGAAGCAAACCCAUGAAGGGUUUUGCUCAUUUCACUCUACUCGUAAGGAAAUCACUGUUAAUUGUUGUAAUAAUAGGAGGUUCAAGAACAGUUCUUUACUUGUGGGUCAGUUGAGAAAACAGAGACAAGAUAUGGUUUUCUCUAUUUCAAAAAUUGAAACUUUAUCGAGUGUUGAGAAAAGGGGAUUUGGGAGUAGUAAUAGGAGGUGUAAGAACAGUUUGCUCGGGGGUCAGUUGAGGAAACAGAGACAAAAUAAGGUUUUUGCUAUUUCAAGAAUCGAAAUUUUAGGAGGGACGACGAAUGGUAGGUUAUCAAGUGUUGAGAAAAAGACAAAUGGGAGCAUAUCUGAAAAUAUUGAAGAAUUUGAGAGUAAUAAUUAUCUUCGUAGGUUGGUUAGAAAUGGGGAAUUAGAAGAAAGUUUUAAGCAUCUUGAGAGUAUGGUGUAUCGUGGGGAUAUACCUGAUAUUAUACCAUGUACGAGUUUGAUUCGUGGGUUUUGUAGAAUUGGGCAAACGAAGAAGGCUACUAGAGUAUUGGAGAUUCUUGAGGAUUCUGGGGCUGUUCCUGAUGUUAUUACUUACAAUGUGUUGAUUAGUGGUUAUUGUAAGUCAGGUGAAAUUGAUAAUGCAUUGAAGGUAUUGGAUCGAAUGAGUGUUGCACCUGAUGUUGUCACGUACAAUACUAUUUUGCGCAGCUUAUGUGAUAGUGGGAAAUUGAAACAAGCUAUGCAUGUUCUUGACCGUAUGUUGCAGAAAGAGUGUUACCCUGAUGUGAUUACCUAUACAAUUUUGAUCGAAGCAACGUGUAAGGAAAGUGGUGUUGGGCAGGCGAUGAAGCUUUUGGAUGAAAUGAGGAGUAAAGGAUGUGUACCUGAUGUAGUAACUUAUAAUGUUCUUAUAAAUGGGAUUUGUAAGGAAGGGAGAUUGAACGAAGCAAUCAAGUUUCUGAAUAAUAUGCCAUCUUAUGGUUGCCAACCUAAUGUGAUUACCCACAAUAUAAUUUUGCGUAGUAUGUGUAGUACAGGUAGGUGGAUGGAUGCCGAGAAACUGUUGGCUGAUAUGGUUAGAAAAGGCUGUUCUCCUAGUGUUGUCACGUUUAACAUCUUGAUCAAUUUCUUAUGUCGGAAGGGACUGUUGGGACGGGCGAUUGAUUUAUUGGAGAAGAUGCCUAAGUAUGGAUGUACGCCGAACUCCUUGAGUUAUAAUCCAUUGCUUCAUGCAUUCUGCAAAGAGAAGAAAAUGGAUAGAGCAAUUGAGUAUUUGGAAGUUAUGGUGAGUAGGGGUUGUUACCCUGAUAUUGUGACUUAUAAUACAUUGCUCACGGCUUUGUGCAAAGAUGGUAAGGUUGAUGUUGCAGUUGAAAUCCUCAAUCAACUUAGUGACAAAGGCUGUUCUAUAUAUAUAUAUAUAUAUAUGAAUUUGCCAUAUGCAACCAAGAAAUGA